AUGGCAGCAAAGGAUGCGAUGAAAGUUGGAAUGAAUACGGCGGCGUCGGAUUCCGGUGCCGGCGCCGGAGCUUCAGCGGCGAUUGAGAAGUUGCGUAUGAUAGAUCUGAGUAAUGAGGUGGAAACUAGUGGAGUGGGAACUGGGUUGGGUUCCAAAGCUGGGAUUGUAGAAGUGCCUAAGGAUAGUGAAGGGCUGAAGGAAAUUAUAACUCCAAACCCACAUGUGUUGGAGUCCAACCCCCAAUGUGAUAUUACUAGGGAGUUGCAGAAUGGGUUGAGUAGGGAAGGGUCUCAUGAUCCUGUUGAUACUCUAAAUGAUGUUGAGCUUGUUGAACAAGAUCAACUAGUGGAUAUUACUAUCCAAACUUCUCCCACUUGGAGUAGAGUCAUACAGACGAAAAAGAGAUCUUUCCAAAAGCAUCCCAAAUGUGUUAGUCAGAAGGGUCCCGAGUCUAUGGUGAUAGAACAAGCUAGUGGUAGCUAA